CUGCCACUCAAGCCUGCGACCGCCGGCGGUGCGCACGCGCGCACCCGCACGGACAAGCAGUGGGCCAAUCGGGGAGGAGGGUCGGCCUCCUGGAUCCGCCCCUCAAGGUCUCACACGCAGUAGCGCCCUAGGUGCCCUCCCCCACCCCUCCUUUCAACCAAUCAGGAAACGGCUCCGAGGGAGAGCGCGAGGUUUCCUUCCCCGCGCACCCGUUCUCACCGUUAAACGGCCGCGUCUCGCGACAAUCCCAAAGUGACCUUUUUUUACCCCUCUGAGGAGCUCAGCUCAAGCUAGGGGCGGCGGGAGGGGCAGGGCUGGCGAGGGCGGCGGAGAGGACGAAACGCACCUUUCCCGGCUUCGCGCGCACCCCUCCCGCCGGCUGCGCGCGCACCUGCCUCCCUGAGGCGCCACUGUUCCCUCAAGGGCUCUUACUAGCCUAACAAGUAGCCUGGCCGUCGUCCCGCUUCCGCCCGGACCCCCACCUUCCUGCUCUGGCCUUUCUGUCCCCAGCGCCGCCAGCUCCUGAGGGAGAAGGGGUAAAUGAUUUGAGUUGCCGCUUCUCCUUUAAGAAAAAAAGGCCCCGUCCGUUGCCGGAUGAAAGUCUCUGAAAAAAUGGCGGCGAUAGGCUAGAGGCGGGGCUAAGGGAACAGCGCGGGAGAGUCCUGGCGCGCAUGCGCACGGCUGACUUCGCCAACUGCAUCCUGGGAAACGAAGUCCCACUUAGUCCGCUUCCAGGGAAAAGAUGGGAAACCGGAGGCCAGAGAGAAGUCUGGGAGUUUUUGAGAGAUUCACCACGGGAAAGGUAGUUUUCUAUCCGCAGUCCGAGUCUACGGCCUAGAGAGGUACUGCUUCCGGGUCAGGCCGCCACGCGUGCGUACAACUGGCACGCAUUUUGAGCCAAUUAUUGGUUAGGGCUGCUGGAGAGAGUGAGUACUUCAUGCUGUGAGGCAUAAGUUCUUCGAAGUGCCCUGGUCACAGUCCCCGCUUUGGUUUGGCCGCUUGACGUCUUCUCUGCGACCUGCAGGCAUCCCUCCAUCUGGUGGUGAUCCUCUCACCCGUGAGGCCCUGGAGGUCAGGGACUCGUUCUGCUUCUGCCACCUCAAUUUUAAUAAAGCGCGUGGGGAAGAAUUGUGAAGUUAUUUCCUAGUGGGAUCGGGCAUCACGGAGCUGGCGUUGGCUGUGGUCCUUGAGCUGGAGAGAGGGUUAGCGUGACUCCUAGUGAUUACGUCUCUCGUGUUCUCCGCCCCGACAUUGCAAGCAUGCCUUUGCGGUUUGUAGCUGCUUUCUGCAGCACAGGAAGCACAGUCAGAAGAGCAGCUUCUGUCUAGCGUGUGCAACUAAGAACCUUCCUGAUGGGCAAAGGGGGGGCCGGGGGAUUUCCAUUUGUUCAAGCCGCAGCUGGUAAUUGUGCGGCCUCGGUGUUCCUUUCCCUCUUACACAUUGUAGGCAUUUCUUUCCCUUUUGUACAUUGUUUGCAUUCCUUACUUUCCUUUUUACACAUUGUAAUCGGAACAAUUUACAAGAGUACUCUUUACCCCUGUCUGUUGAAACAUCCCCAGUUAAAGUUUACACAAGAGGAUGGAAAUACAAUGUUUGGAGAUCUAAUUCUGAAUUUCACAUUAAACUAUGCCUUAUUGGAGGAAUUGGAACGCUCCACCCUCCAGGACAGUGAUGCAUAUUCAAACCCAGUUUCUUGUCACCUGGAUCAGCAAUCCAAACAGGAGAGCAAUCUUCCCAAAACUCCAAAGACCUUGUCAUCUCAGAGUCACACAAAUCCCUUGAAGCUCGUGUAUACGACCAAUAUCCAAGAGCCCAAUGUCUACAGUGAGGUCCAAGAGCCAAAAGAAUCAGUACCACCUCCUAAAACCUCAGCAGCUGCUCAGCUGGAUGAACUCAUGGCCCACCUGAGUGAAAUGCAGGCUAAGGUUUCAUUGACAGAAGAUGCCAACAGGAAGAACUUAGCAGACAAGCCGGACCACAAGGCAUCAUUGGACUCUAUGCUUGGGGGUUUGGAACAGGAACUGCAAGAUCUUGGGAUUGCCACAGUGCCCAAGGGCCACUGUGCUUCCUGCCAGAAGCCAAUUGCUGGGAAGGUGAUCCAUGCUCUGGGGCAAUCCUGGCACCCAGAGCACUUCGUUUGCACUCACUGCAAGGAGGAGAUUGGCUCCAGUCCCUUCUUUGAACGGAAUGGCUUGGCCUACUGUUCCAAUGACUACCACCACCUGUUCUCUCCACGCUGUGCCUACUGUGCUGCUCCCAUCAUGGAUAAAGUGCUGACAGCAAUGAACCAGACAUGGCACCCAGAGCACUUCUUCUGCUCUCACUGUGGAGGGGUGUUUGGUGCAGAAGGCUUUCAUGAGAAGGACAACAAGCCAUAUUGCCGAAAAGAUUUCUUAGCCAUGUUCUCACCUAAGUGUGGUGGCUGCAACCGCCCAGUGUUGGAAAACUACCUUUCAGCCAUGAACAAUGUCUGGCACCCAGAGUGCUUUGUGUGUGGGGACUGCUUCUGCAGCUUUUCUUCUGGCUCCUUCUUUGAACUGGAUGGCCGUCCAUUCUGUGAACUCCAUUACCAUCACCGGCGAGGGACCCUCUGCCAUGGCUGUGGGCAGCCCAUCACUGGCCGCUGCAUCAGUGCCAUGGGACACAAGUUUCACCCUGAGCACUUUGUGUGUGCUUUCUGCCUGACACAGCUGUCAAAAGGCAUCUUCAGAGAGCAGAACAACAAGACCUACUGUCAACUCUGCUUCAAUAAGCUCUUUUCACAGUAGUCCCCUCUGAUUCACGUCUACUUCUUAUUCCUGUAAAACUGAGACCAUGGCAGGGGCGAGUACACUUUCUUUCCCUGACCUUCACUCAGUGGGCUAAUGAUGAGCAAAUAAGGGAAUUUCUAUGUGUUACUAGACUUAUAAUCUUAUUUUUGAAGAUACUUCUUACUUUUAAUUGUGUAUCUGCAUUUAUAUUUAGAUCAUGUUACCAAGACCUUCUGAAGAUAUAUUUGUCAUGUUCACACAAUUCAUGCCACCACUGUUUUUAUCUUUCUCACAUUUUACCUCUACUGAUGCCCCACUUAGAUCUUCAGCUGUGGGCCUCAGAAUCUGACUCUUUUCUCUUAGGAGUCAUGAUAUUACUUUUAAGAGCUUGGUGCCUUCCCUCAAUGCAUUUUUCUGUUUUAGGAGGAAGUAUAUUUUAACUGACAUCUGUGAUAAAUAAAGUAACUUGUGGUUUUGGUGA